UUUUUGAAAAGUCGUAGCAGUCAGUUUCUUCAUUCCAAAGACAACAAAAAGCUCUUAAACUGCGAUUAAUUUAAAAAAAUAAUUUGUGUAAACGCGACUUUAUACGCGAACUGUCAUGUAAAUGUCCCUUUACUGUCAUUUGGCGGGCUUUUAGGUUAGGAAACUAUUUUUCGCAAUUUUGAAUAAAAUGUUUUGUGAGAAAGCCUAUGCUCUGAUCAAAGAGUUAGACCGAAACCGGGACUCUUUGCCCCCCUUUAACACCGAUCUUCUCAACGAAAUUAAAACUGAAGUUAAGCAACUGAUUGUCCAGAACCAAGAAGAUGCUCAAACAUCAGCAGAAGGCAGUCGGCUAGUUCGCACCUCUGCUUAUGCACCAACAGUGAAAAUACGGCACGCGGCUAUCAAACGCAACAUUAGAUGCAUUCUGGCUUAUCAUUACAACCGAUUAAAGUGUCUUAGAAAUAUGCGGUGGCAAUUUGGAAGUAUCUUACCGCCUGACGUUAAAGCGAAUUUGAGUCAAGCUGAAAUCGAAUGGUUUUCAAAAUACUCCAGUAAUUUAGUUCAAUAUAUGAGAUCAGUUGGUGACGAAGGGAUUAAUCUAGCUGUGGAUUUAAAACCACCAAAAUCCUUGUAUAUUGAGGUUAGGUGUUUAACCGACUAUGGACAAUUUGAGUUGAAUGAUGGUUCGGUGUUAUUGUUGAAAGAAAACAGUCGACAUUACUUACCCAGAAGCGAGUGCGAAGAAUUAAUUAGGCAGGGGGUCCUAGAACACGUUGUUUGACACCACGAUUUAAAUUUGGCGCACUUUUUUGAAAUGUCAAUUGUCAAUCUCCAAUUUUCAAGUCAUAAAAAUAAAUUUAAAAUUUCUUCACA